UUGCCGCACGUGGUUUCUUUCCGCCCUCUUUUUCUUACCGUUUCAUAAAAGGUUAGAAAAUAUUGGCUAAGAGCAGACAUGGAGGAGUUGAGCGCUGUAGGAGAACAGGUUUUUGACGCCGAAUGCAUUCUCAAUAAACGUCUGAAGAAGGGAAAGUUGGAGUAUCUUGUGAAGUGGCGAGGAUGGUCCUCCAAGCACAACAGUUGGGAGCCCCAGGAGAAUCUCUUGGACCCACGGCUAUUGGCUGCCUUCCACAAGAGGGAACAGGAAAAGGAACUUCUGUUCCGCAAGCGGGGGAAGAGGCCAAGAGGGAGACCGCGGAAAAUUGUGGAAACCGUUCCAGCAACUACAAAAAUGAGCAGCUCCUCUUCUUCCUCCUCCUCGUCUUCUUCGUCUGGCUCCUCCUCAUCCUCCUCUUCGUCGUCCUCCUCUUCCUCGGAGGAGGAGGAAGAGGAGGAGGGGGGCGGCGAUCGGAAGGCCAAGCCGGUCCCCCGGCCUCGUGAGCUGCACCCGGUCCCGCAGAAGAAGGCCCAGAUCGUGGUGGCCAAGCAGGAGCCGGUGAGGAAGAAGAGGGGCAGGAAGGCCCUGCCGCCGGAGCUGAAGGUGCUGAGGCAGCCCAAGGGCCCCCGCAGGCUCGCCCCCAAAGAGCCCCCCCCGGCGGAGCCCAAGGGGGGGGUGAAGAAGCCGCUGCAGCCGGCCAGCUUCACCUACACGGGGCUGGGCCGCAGCGCGGGGCGGGACGGCCUGGGGGGGCAGAACAGGGGCGCCUUCUCGCUGGGGGGCGCCCUCCGGGGCUCCCUCUCUGUGGCCGGCUCCGGCCGCUCCCCCACCCCCGCCCCCCCCCUCGGCCGGCCCGCUCAGGGCAGGGGCGCCCCGGACUUCAAACUUUCCGUCUCCGAUGUCGGGGGGGGCGGGGGCCUGGACCUGAAAAUGGCCGCUACCAAAUCCCCGGGCGUGGCAGCGCUCAACCUGCACAGCGCCAAAGCGCCCCCACCAGCCGGGGGUCCCGCCAACGGGCAGAGGAGGCAGGACGUCCCGGGACAGGCGCCGGCGUCGCAGCGGGCCGGCGGUGGCAAGCCGACGGGGACGGCGCUCUCGCCGCUGAAAGGCAGCUCCAGCCAGGCCCUCAGCCUGCAGGCCCUGAACCUGCAGAGCGUCAGCAAGCCCGCCCCCGCCCCGACCCCCGCCUCCCCCCCGGGGUCCAACCUCCGCAGCGCCGCCGCUCUGGGACGGAAGGCCGCCGGGGUCGGCCCGCGACAGGCGCAAAGGCCGCCCCCGUCCGGCGGCCCGCCGUCCCGGAAAGGCCCGGGGGGCGGGGAGCGCGGGGCCGAGGAGGCGGGGGAGGCCCGGGGGGGAGGGCGGACCGGAGCGCCGCGCAGAACAACGGCUCGUCUGCCGAGGGCGGGGCCCCCCAAGGCGGGGCGGGAGCGCGCGUCCUCCAAAGACGGGGGCAAGCAGGGCAUGAGCGCCGGCGAGGAGGCCUCCAGCUCGGACUCGGACCGCGACUCGCCCUUCCCCCCCAACGCCGCCGCCGCCAGCGCCGCCGCCCAGGACUGGAAGCCCCCCCGCAGCCUGAUCGAGCACGUCUUCGUCACGGACGUCACCGCCAACCUCGUGACCGUCACCGUCAAGGAGUCCCCGACCAGCGUGGGCUUCUUCAACGUGCGGCAUUACUGAGCGCGGCGGGCGGGGGGGGGGGGGGGGCGG